GUUUAUCAAUGGACCUGUAGUUCAGAAGUAGCACGACAGCAGAGUCGCUCGGCAAUCGAGUUGCAGCGGCCUCUCUGUGAUUAUUUCAGACCUGUGACCACAACAGCACCACCUGGGACAGGGGAAGAAGAUGCUGCUGCUGCUGCUUUCCUGGAAUGUGGGGAUGGAGCUAGGAAAAAUUCCUUCUUCCAGAAACUGUCUUGAAGGAACUCCACCAGCUUCAGCUGCUUACUGGUGGUGGUGGUGAUUGUUGGAUGAGCCCCACCGCUGACGUC